CGUGUGGGUGUUGUGAAGUGUGUAUGUGAUAACUGUUGUCAGCGGGUUGCUCACUGACUGUCCGUUGCCCAAGAAGAGGCAAUGAAAAAAUAAUUCGGCGUUUUCAUGUGAAAAUUUCUCUUCAUCAAGUGCUCUGCGGAGUAAACUAAAAUUAUCAGGUGGGGCAUCCUCCAUUAUUGCUGAUUGAUGUUUGGUAGCGAGUUCCUGCAUCAUUUCUGAUCUGGACUUGGAUGCGUGGUUAAAGGCAGUCAAGUCUCCACGCCGCUACCUUGAAGGUUGAAUGUCAGACAGGGGUGUCACAGCAAGCUGCGCAACCUUCUCUCCUGACGAAGUCAAUUUUGUGACGGGGUAAUUCGGCUAACUUUUAAGGGCGUGAGUGUGCCCUGGUGGGGAGGUGUGCCCCGUGAAACAUGGUGACCCCACGGAUCGUAACUCACCCUCCAGCCGUCUCUUCCUCCGCUUCCAGCUCCACCUCCACAGCCACACACGCAAAUUAGGCCAACGCCCUCACGACCUCAGGGUUUCGCGGAGGUUUCAGGAUGCGACUCUUCAAGCGUCGCAGCAGUGACCCCGCCCCCCGCCUGGUCUCCCUCUCUCCUCUCAGCACUGAUCACACCCACGACGACGCCCUUCCUUAUGUGCUGCGCCCUCCAGCACCCACUCCGCAACCGUCUCAGCAGCAGGAGGAGGUGGAGGAGGAAGACGUGUAUGCCACAGUAGAUGGGGACGAUGCCGAGGAGGACUUGGAUGAGGCGAUAUACUCCACCCUGGAGGAAGUGAGGGGCUGUGCCUCCCACGACGGCCCUUCUGCUUCCUCCCUUCUGUUCUGCAAUAACAGCGUGAGCAGUGCCCCUGGUAUCGUCACUAACUAUUACACAGCCGUGCCUGCCCUCGUCGUAGAAGAGGUCAUACCCGGCCGCCCCCGUCAGGGUACCCCAACUGAGCAACAACCUGCUAAGAAAGGGUUUUCAACAUGGGGGAAGAAAAUGGGCAAGAAGCUCGAACAGCUGACCCGAGGGGAAAGCAAAGAACACAUCCACUUCCCUCUGGGGUCAACCCGCACCCGAAGGAGGAAUUGGCGUCCGGGUAAAGAAAACUCUGAUAGUGUUGCAAGUCUAAACUCCAAAGGUGUCAGCCAUACUUCUUCCGCCCCUCGACAGCCUCGUAAGGCCAAAGUCGACCGUGUGGAGAGCAUCCGCAACUUGUUUCGUCGAUCCCGCAGUUGGGAUUCCGCCAAAGACUUAGAAGAUUUACCUGCCCCUAGGGUGGGUGCCAAACCUGAUUCAACCACUGCUGAAGGUGCUACGACUAGCCCUCAUGAACAUGAUAACGUUUACGAGUCCCUAAAAGAUGUAGAGGAUAUUGGAGGCACCUUGAAAGGAACUCUGCUAUUCAGGAGUGCUUCCACCUCCCAUUUGCCGUCGUGUGAAGUAGGACUCGAUGUGAAUACGGAGAGUGAAAGAACAGCCGCAGCAGGGACUGUUGCAGACGGGUCUGCCGACGGAAGCGGGGUUGGUGUUGAGGAAAUUGGGGAGGUGGGCGAGUGUGAUGGAAAGACGAGUGAGAGUGAAAAGUCUGCCAAAAAGGGUCAGUUUCCUUACGCUUUUCUGAGAUCCAGACUUACCUCAGUCGCGGAGGAACAAGCGACUGCCAGGGAAGAGUGUGGUGACAGUGGACGUGGCACCGGCAGCCACUGUGGCAGUAUUUCUGACGUUCGAACCUCCUACUCGGAGACGUCAGACUCGAAAUCAUCGUUUUCAGAAAAUUCGGACUCGAAAUCGUCUUGCUCAGACUCGUCGGAAAGCAAAUGGGUUCAGGAGGAGGAGGAGGAGGAGGAUGAAAGGGAGGAGAGUGAACGGAGGCGGAGGAGGAGAAGGGAAGAGGAAACAGCUUCGAGAGGAGGGAGAGAUGGGGGAGGGGGAGGGGGAGGGGGACGAAAUCUCAAACUCACCUCUUCAAGGGAUGUUAUUUCACCAAUACCGGCACCAAGUGGUUUCGGUGACGGCGACUUCGUUGUGACAGUGCGGGUCAAGGGUAUAUCCGAAGGGGACUCCCGUAGUUCCUCAGUCUACAUUAAGGGGGAUAACACUGAAUCAGCCCUCGAUGAAAAUGAACUGCGUAAGAUCAGAAUGGACAGGUAUGUCACGAAAAAGCUUUUGUCCAAUCACUCUGAAAAGAAGCAUAGUUUUAGCAAGAGUGUAGGAUCACAGCCUCUCAUGACUGAUGAAGAGAAGUUGCGAGCUCGCACUGGAGACUGCUGUCAUCAUUGUCACCAUUGUGGAGAUCAUCUGCAGCAGCAUAACGCCCAGGGAAGCCCCUUACCCCUUAUCAGACGUCGGCCCCGAUCGCAGCCACGCGUACACAACCGUAUGAGUUACCCUACUUCCAGUUCCGUUGACGCUCUCUACGAGGCCAUAUACCCUGAAGACUCGUGUUCCAAACGCUCUUCCUUAGAUCUCGACCGCCUGGUAGGACUGAAUCGCUUUGAGCGUCUUGAGAGACUCGGCAACCGAGAUGAUCUCGUCCUCGACCACGCCUACGACCCGAGACGCCGCUACGCCCGAUCUGCUUCCCUCGAUCGAGCAGAAUCCUGGCGGUGGCGGGACGCGAUGCUCGAGGACUUUGACGGGGAGUCCAUCGCUGGCGAAGUUGGGUAUCGCAGAAGGGCCCCCAGUUUGUCGAGGCCCAUUCCGACCCCUGCCGUCUUGCCCCAGGCACCUGUAACCAAUAAAACAUUCCGCCUUGUGCGACUGGUCAAAGAUGACACCGAUGAAGGCCUGGGGUUAUAUAUCUCGGGUCAGAGAGCUCUUGGCUACAUCAUAGCGCAUAUACUUCCUGGUGGACUUACUGACAGGGACGGUCGUCUAAGGAUAGGUGAUGAGAUAAUAAACGUGAAUGGGCGGAGGCUGCGUGGUGUCAGCUUAGAAGAAGCCCGCCACAUACUUCGCCACACACCAACAGAAGUUGAUGUAGUCGUUGCAAGAGAACCGGACAGCCAUCCGCAAGAGUCUCUUUUCUCCGACCUUGAUGUGGCGUCUAUGACGAGCGGCAGAGUUGAUUCCCGGGUGGAAACCAGGGUGGAUUCCAGGGUGGACAGCGUAAAUGACGAAGACGACGACGAGGAACUGAUUGUUGUGGAGGGUCACCAUCCACUCGCUCUUCAUCAUUUAACCUGUCACAGAUACAAUCCCCGCCACUCCUACAAAUACCAGCAUCAUGAUGACACUCGAGAAGAAUCUCUGGCCGUACAUGAUGGCCACAGCCAAGAGUGUCCGGAAGGUGAUGUCCAGUGCUGUACAUUGCGAGACCUUCCGGAGGUAUCCAGCGAGAGCCGGGGUUGCAAUCGAGAUCUGCCAGCUAUUCCUGAUGUUGCCAAGUGUUGUUCUCGAGAUUUACCUGAGAAUGUGUCUUGCGAACACAAUGACUGCGUACAUGAUAUGAAGGAAGGCCUGGAUUCAAGAAAACGACAUCGCCUGAACUCGGUAAAGGAGGAGGGGAUGGUCACUGCAGUUAUGGUUAGGACGGUCUCAGAUUCAUCUUCAGGGGAAGAUGAGCCCCGUCGAUUGUUGCCUCUCAUAGAGGAUGGUGUCUUUGAGGAGCGACCAUCUUCUCAGGCAUCUCAAGUCUCUGCAAGAACGGUCACAUCUAUGGCCUCUGUUGCAUCAGUGCACGGCACUGGAAUAACAGCUUUAUCAAGACAGGUUUCACAGAGAGCUCAUAGACCUUCAUCUUUGUCAACAAUGCCAAGAAGGCCAAAGAGUCUCAACCUUUCUUUCCAUACUGUUGUAUUCGAAAAGGGACAUGGUAAAAAGGGUCUUGGCUUUUCUAUUGUUGGAGGACGUGACUCUCCCAAAGGAAAUAUUGGUAUUUUUGUAAAGACUAUCUUCCCUGUUGGACAAGCAGCUGAAGAAGGAACUUUGAAGGAAGGUGAUGAGAUUUUUGCAGUCAAUGGUGAAAGUUUGGCAGGAGCCAGCCAUUCAGAGGCUAUUACUAUGUUUAAAGCUAUACGCACUGGGAAAGUUGUGUUGCAUGUUGGCCGCCGAUCCCCUUCAAAGAAAAGAGGACACAAAACAAAGUCUUUUGAUGAUCUCGACAAAUUUGAAGAAUAAAUUACAUCGACGUACAUCCCCAAGAGAACAGAGAUAAUUGGAUUUUACAUAUAAAAUUUUGUGUUAGUUGUUUUAAUUUAUUUAGCAAUAAAGACUUGAGGUUUUUAAAAUUUACUGCAUGACCUUUUUGGUGCUCCAACUGUAUGAUGUAUUAAGCCAAAGAACUGUAUAUUUGUGUCAGGACAGGGUUUGUAUAGAUAUUUUUAAAUUGUAAAAUACAGUUACACUGCUGAUAAGGGUGGUUCUGUUCUAGACUAAUUUUUAAAAUACAUUUCCAUUUUUAAAUGCUUUAUUCAGGAAAUAACACCAGUACAAUCUGUUCAUUAAAAUUAAUCUAACGCUGUAAUACAGUGUUUGAUAUUUGUUAGCUUAUAAACAUACAGCUACUUCUUUAAGAAUUUGCUAGCACUGAUACUGCUCUUGUCUUUUUGUAUAUAAAAUGUAUCUAUUCAUAAAAAUGUAGAAAUGUGAUAUAUCUA